AAGCCGCCGGUCCAGAGAGGUGCCAGGGCUUGCACCGUGUGCCGCGCUGCUAAAAUGAAAUGCGUUGGUGCAGAAGACGGUCAGCAGCCCUGCCAACGCUGCAGACGCUCUAAUUCAGAAUGUAUUUUCGAGAAACACCGAAGAGGUCGUAAGCCAGGCUCCAAGCUCUCCGAGGCUUCGAAGAUGUUGAGGCGUCUAGAGAAGGGCCUUAAUAGCGCGAAGUUGAAGCACAACCAUGACUCCAACUCCACGCCUUACCCUACCUCGCCCGCUCGUUCUGGCCGCUCCGAGUCUGGUUAUCGUCUUCGUCCAAGUGAUCCCUAUGGCACUCCUGGCUCGCAGUUCUCCACCGAGCUCCCGCCCCUUAACCUCCCCCCGGACUAUGAUGGGGAAAGUUACGCUUCAAGAAACGGUUCUCGGUCUACUAAUCCAGAACACGAGGAAGAUGAUGGAGACCGUAACAGGGAAGGCAUGUUCCCUGCCAAGCUGAUUCGUAGAGAAAAUCAGAGGCAGUCAUUCUUCAAAACUAUUCUCAACCCGGAACACGAACCCCCAACAUCAUCGAUGCCUUCUGAUCAAGGUAGCCUGAGCUCUACCUAUACAGUUUCGCCCGUUCAUCUACCUCCUGGAUUCCACGAUCCUGUAACAGCGGGCAUCAUCGAUGACGCCUACGCCAAGGUCCUCUUUGACCUCGUCUUUUUGCGCCUCAAUCCGUUCGUCAACUUGUUUGACCCUGCUCUCCACUCGCCCACAUAUGUUCGCACAAAAUCUCCCUUCUUGUACACAACCCUCCUCAUGGCGGGGUGCAAGUUCUUCAAGCCUGAAGCUUAUAAGGCCUGUCAGAAGCUUGCCCAUGAAUUCGCUGUGCGUUCAUUUGCGGAAGGAUUGAAGAGCGUCGAGGUUGUUCAGGCUUUUGCUUGCCUUACCUACUGGAAGGAACCUGAGGACACCCGUACAUUUACGUACAUUGGCUAUGCCUGCCGCAUGGCUGUGGAUUUGGGACUCAAUCGCUACUUCUCCCAACCCCCUCCCAACGAAACUGAGUUCCAACUGCGGGAGAGGCGCAACCGCGAGCGUACAUAUCUUGUUCUCUUCGUUCACGACAGGAGCUUGAAUAUGCAGACGGGCAAGCAGUGGAUGCUGCCUGAAUGUGACCUCGUCAGACAUUCCAAUACUUGGCAUGAAGAGGGUGGCUCCAUUAUCCGGCCAGAAGAUGUCAUUGUGGCUGCAUUCGUCCAGCUACGUCGCAUUGCAGCUGAGCUCACCGACGUCUUCUACAUGCCCAACAAAGGAGUCACCGACACCACUCAUGCCGACGUGAACCAGGAGGUCUUGCUUAGCAACUGUAAUGGCAAGCUGACGCAGUGGAUGGAGACAUGGCAAAACGAGAUGCGCCGCGCCAAUGGCGAAUUGUUCCACUUUGCCUUUCUGAGCUUCUUCCGACUGUAUGUGCGACUGUUUUUGAACAGCUUCGGUGUCCAAGCCUCUAUAUCGCCGCAAAGUCGAGUUCCUCCCAGCUCGCAGGCUUUGUCGGCGUGCUAUACCAGCGCCAUGGAGAACCUUCAAAUUGUCACUAAGCAAUUUGCGUCAAUGAGCAUGCUGCGCUACGGCCAAGACUCGAUCACAGUCAUGACCGCCUAUUGCGCUGUUUUCUUAUUGAAGGUAAUCUAUUGA